AAGCAAUGUACCUCAAGUGUUGCUUUUGUAACGCAAGUAUUCAAUUGGAAAAGAACAAUCCAAUCUAAUAUCUUGUGAUUCGCGAAAUGUUAUAUUCUAUUUCAUUAAGAUAGUGAUUUAUUUUAUUUAUUAUUAAUAUUUUAUUUCUUAUAAAUAUCGGAAUAUAUUUAUUCUAAAGAUGGGCUUGUAGCUUUGAAGUAUUAGUUUGAUAACGUAAUUAUAAAUUAUAAUUUUGCUGAUACACGGUACCUUUUCUAGAUUUGAUUUAUUUCAUAUGAGUAGUAUGCGACUUCUUUUUUUCGCCUGCUAGAGAAAACUAUAUCACAUAGUGAAUAGAAUUUUCUAUUAUUUCGCAUUUACUUCCUAUGGCUUUAAUUAACAAACUGCUUACAAAUUAUGUUCUAUAUAUUAAGUUUAGCAUUGGUUAAUUUUUGUAGUACUAUCUUGGUGCAAAGAAAAGUUCACAAAACGUGCUCGAAAUUCAUUAGAAUUUCUUAUUCAACUACUAAUAUUAUAAGACUGACUACAUAGCAGUAGAAUCUCUAGCUCUAAAGUGUCAUUUGCUAAUUUGAUGGGUCUAGAGUAUGUGGUUGUUGAAGUACAUUUCACCGGUGGUUAGAUUCCGGUUUCCUUCUCGUACUUAACUCACUAUUGCAAUUUAAUGUUAAAUCAAACUUAUUUUUUCCCAAGUAUAAACUUUUAUUAUUAUCACAGUAUGGCAAAGAGUUCUGAAAUUCAUAAUGCAUAAUAUUGUUCAUCUGUUCUUUUGUUCAGCCUUAGAAGUGCGCGUCCAUAUCACAGCUUUAGAAAAAAGAUAAGAUUAAAUUAUUCUUUUUUUUGAUAAACGUGAUACUGCUUAUGGUAUUUAUUUUUUGCUGUUAGCUUGUACUAUCAGCUUUUCGGAUUAUUCAAUCUCAUUAAACAGAAUCUUUUGAUCAAAAAUUUUUUUCGAUUCACAGACAAUACUGCAAAUAUGUCUUGUGCUUUUGUUAUUAUUAGGAGUGUGAUUAACAUGUAUUACACAAUUUGAGGCCUGGUGAUUACUUUACCAGUUACAGAUAUUUUUGUAUAUUUAUGCUAGCUUUUUGUAUCUGUGGUGUGUAUUUAUACCUAGGAUAUUAGGUAAAAUGAAAAUAUGAACAAACUGGAAUUUGUUCAAGCUGCUUGAAUGCUUUUUUUUUUAUAUCAACACGAAUUGAUUAUUCGCGUAUGUACCGUGAAAUUUUUUCUUUAAAUUCAUCUUGAAAACUGUACUGUUGUAAUAAAUUAAAGAUUUGCUCGUAAAUAAUUAUUCGAAUAUUUUUGUGAACCCAGUCCCUUUCUACAUCUAAUGUAACGGGUUACGCUCGACUAGUUGAUGAUAAAUAAAUUUUGUAUCGAUUUCUACUAGAAAAAUCAUUGAGUACUGUGCAUCAGUAACAAAUCCAGCUCAUCGUCGAUCUUGUUGAGGAUGAACACGUGUAUUUCAUGGAACGUUUUUUGUAUGAAUAAUAACGCAACAUGAUGUAAUCGGAGAAGUUUUUCCGUUUACACGUUAUUGCAUGCCCUUGCGCAGUGCAUGAACGUAUUUGAGAGUGCGCGUAGUGCGCCUGGUGUCGAUCCUUGUAGAUCGAGAGUUUUAGUAGUUGUAAUCCCACAAAAUUUACUUUUACUGAGUUUUUUUAACCAGAAAUAAUUAUAAUUUCAGUAUUUCCCGUAUAAUAUCAACCUAGGAGUCUCCUUAAAAUAGUAGUAAAUACGUAGUUACGGGCUAGAAAUAUGGAUCAUCGGGUGUUUAGAAUAUACAACCAUGAAGACUUUGUAAAAAUCACCAAGGGAAUCAAAGUCGCUCGUUGCAUGCAAUUAAAAUCAGCCUCCUCUUCAGACGUGGAUAAAGUAUUAUGUCAGCUCGACGAUCUUGUUGUAUCAGAUUCACUCAGCUGUUCAUUUUGCAAUGCUGUUUUUGAGGAUAAAGCCCAACAAAGGCUUCAUUAUAAAUUAGACUGGCAUCGGUAUAAUCUUAAGCAACGUCUUGGAGGGUUGAAAUCCGUAAGUGAGGGUACUUUUAGCUCAUUGGCUGACAAAGAUGACGUUUCUAGUAUAUCAGGGAGUGAAUCUGAAUCAGAGAAUGAUGACGAAACUGGGACAUCAGAGACUGGGAGUUCACGAAUUGAAUCAAAGGUGGUUAAUAAUAAAUUAACCAGCAACAAUAUUCCUACAUCUGCCAAUGACAAGAUCAAAAGAGAGGAGGGGAAAAAAAGAAUAACUGAAUCUGUUUCUGAUACAUCAGACUCGGAGCUUGAUGAAGAUGCUUCGAGUAAAAAACGGGCCCAAGAACUCUUACUUGUUGCAUGUCGUCACUCCAAAGUAUUUUUUGAAAACGACGACGGAGAUAUAUUCAGUAUAUACAGAUGCCUUCUGCACAAUAAAAAGGAAAUACCGGAGCUAGACACAGAGAUGAUUGCUCAGGCUGUAGAAAGCGGUCAGAAGACUAUGUGGGCAGUUAUUAUGCUUGGAGGUGGUCACUUUGCAGCUGCGGUAUUUCAAGAUGGGGUAGCAAUGGUUCAUAAAACCUUCCAUUGUUACACUGUCCGAGCAAAACAGGGCAGCUCUCAAAGCUCGAGAGAUCACCGCAGUGCGGGGACACAUCCGAGGAGUGCUGGAGCUAGUUUGAGGAGAUAUAAUGAGGCUGCGCUGGUUCAACAUGUUCAAGAGUUAUUUGAGUCGUGGGCCACACUACUUGCCAAUUCAGCAUUAGUUUUGUACAGAGCAGUCGGCCCUCACAACCGAUCUGUCCUCUUUGGAGGAAAAAAUCCGCCAUUGGACAAAAAUGAUCCUAGAUUAAGGCCGCUGCCUUUCCCUACUCGUCGUGCCACAUUUAAUGAAGUUCUCAGAGUCUAUGACAUCCUUAGCACUGUAGAGGUGUACGGUUCUGCUGGCGACUUUACAGAUUCGUUUCCGAUUUCACCGAGACAACCUAUCAGAAAAAAGAUCACUAAAGUCGACUUACUCGAUGAAAUAGCAGAAAGUGUUGCGCAAAAAGAAGACCCUCUACUUUGUGUAAACAGUUCUCCUGAUACGAAAAAACAGAAACGUGCGGUGCAAUCACCACCUGAUCGCCAACAUCGCACUCCUAGACCGCCAAUAGACAGAGCAAAGCCAAGGAAAAGUCCUCGUCGUCCACUUCCAGAAAUUGUUACUCGACUUGCUCAGUCAUCCUCAGAAUCCGUGUCUGACGAUGAUUCCUCACCUGCAACUGAUAUUCCAAUAAUUGAACAGAAUUCUGAAAUUGAUUUCAAUGAGCACCUCCAAGCUUUUCAGGAUACGGUGCCGAAAUAUAUCAAGAGUGAAAAGCGCUGGCGACAAAAGAGAAAGCCAAAGAAAGAAAAAACUGAUGGGAAUGAGGUACUCAAUAACUUGAAACAAAAGUUGUGGUCUGCAUGUAAAUUGGGCGACACAGAGCUACUGUCGUCUGCUUUGGAAUCGGCCUUAGUAGAAAUUCAAAGAUGUGAAAGGUUGAAAGUAGAAAUCGCAAAUGGCAAGGAAAUAGAUGAGGAUCCUGCAAAUUUUAUAACUAUGGACAAGAUUGUGAAACUUGUUAAUGAAAGUAACGAAGAUGGCAACACUCCGUUGCACUUAGCUGCGAAUGGUGCCUACUUGCGAGUUGUGUGGUCGCUAUUGGAAAUUGGUUCUGAUCCAUGUAAAAAGAAUAAGAGAUUACAGACUCCUUACUCAGCGACAACUGAUAAAGAAACAAGAAAUACGUUUAGGCGAUUCAUGGCAGAGAACCCUAGUAAAUUUGAUUAUACCAAGUCGCAAAUACCUGGGCCACUAAUCGAUGAAAUAGAGCAAGAGAUGUUGCAGAAAAAAAAGUUACAAAAAAAAGCGAAACGUGAAAAGGAAAAGAUCAAGAAGAAAGAAUUGAACGAGCAGCGGCAAGAAGAAGCUUUGAAAAAGCGAUAUCUCUAUCUGAGUGAUCGGGAAAAGAGAGCUCUUGCCGCAGAACAACGGAUUCUUCAGCAGGGGGGUGCGAUUACAUCUCGAUGCUUUCAAUGUGCUAUCGACAUGAGAAACCAGGUGCCUUUUGAAUAUAACUUCAACCGUUUCUGUUCCAUGAUAUGCCUGAAGGCUCAUCGUGGUGUGAAACAAAACUAGCAUAAUUUUAAUUUAUAAAGAUGUGCAUGAACAGAGCAGCUGGUGAGGAUAUGGAGUACAUGAAUUUUGAACAUAACUUACUUCGUUCUUGGAUUCCUAAUACAAGUGCAGAACCUCACCUACUACAUAGUCAUCUCAAAGUUGACUUUAUUUUUCCCAAGACAUCCUACUUAACCCAUGUAAUUGAUUGAUACAUUCGACACAAUUACUUUGAUUCUUGCACCAUGGAAUUCCGCAGCUGUGUUCAACUCGUAUUGAUAUUUAUACGUGAGUUUUUAUAUGAAAAGAAGAAAACAAACGGAAGAAAAAAAUCUUAGCAAAUUUAUGUGAGUAAUAUGUUGGUGAAUUACGUAAGUUCAAAGUGAAGUUUCUGUUUUGAGAUAAUUAAGUUUUUCAGUAUGACAUUUACAUGUAGUCUGUAUUGUAACUUGUUAAUGAUCAUAAUAAUAUAUUCAUGAUGGGUAAUA